AUGCGUCCGCUGCGGAGUGCUGCCUUUCCUUGGGCGGCCCCUUUGCUGGGUUUUCUUUCGGUCUUCCUCUUAGCUACAGUUCAGGGAGUUGUUGUGAAGGACAAAAACCUUCACCGCACCAACUCAGAAGCAGCAGCAGCACCAGCAGCAGCAGCAGCAGAUGUGCCCCCAACAGCAGCACUCGUUGCAACCCUCCAGGUAUCCGGCAACUCCAACCCAUUUCUGGAGCCGCCUCUCGCAGAUUUCAUGUCCCGGUUUGACAUCCCCAAGAACCACGGAAGCGGGAUUUACGUGGAUCUUGGUAGCGAGAAGGAAGUAGAUGGACAGAUGUACAGGGAGCCGAGUGGGCGGUGCCCUGUCUUUGGGAAGAACAUUCAGCUGCAUCAGCCCCCCAACAACCCUCACUAUAAGAAUGAUUUUCUUGUAGAUAUUCCUUCAAAAGCGGAGUCUGAUGCAGCAGGAAAUCCCCUUCCUGGAGGAUUUAAUAACAGCUUCAAACUCCCUGAUAAAACGCCGUACUCCCCUAUGACUGCAGCCAAACUAAACAGCUUCUCACAGUCAAACAAGGCAGUAGCAAACGCUGUAUUCGGAGUGUGGGAGGGGGGAAGAUGCCAAGAGCAUAGACGGCGCAAGGGGGCGAAGAAGGAGAAAGUUAAUUCUAAAGAAGACUGCUGGAUUCUUGCAUUUGAAAACCCUGGAGUCGCCAGCGAUCAUCCCGUCACUGACGACGAAAAAGUCGGAACUUUGGGAUAUUAUUUCCCAACUGUUGAGGCCAAUCAACCCAAGUCCGGAGGCGAGGGUGUGAACUAUGGGAGUUAUUAUCCUUCAUCGAAGGAGUGUUGGUUAUCUGACGAAGUGCCGAAUUGUUUGGUGCCAAUGGACGGAGCCGUUGCAUACACCGCAUUAGGAGGUUUAGACGAAGAAGCUGCCCCGUGUACAGACAGCUUCCCUCCUACAUCUACUCCCUGCGACCCUUCGACUUGCACAAUUACUCUUACUUCUUGUGUUAAUGGUGCUCUUGUCUCCAAAGAAGUAGCAUGCCCAGCAGAAGAAAGCAACGUUUGCGAGGGUAGUCGGUUUUCUGCGGUUAUGAUUGGCCUCGCAGCAGCGGGUGGAAUUCUGCUGCUGCUGCUCGCUGGAGGAGGGUUUGCUCUCUAUCGAAGCAGACGGGGGCCUGCACGGAAGGGCGAAGAGGCAACGCGUUCAGAUUACGUACAGGAAGAAGCUGCAGCAAAUAGAAAAAAGCAAAGACAAUCAGAUUUGGUGCAGCAAGCAGAGCCUUCAUUCUGGGAGGAGGCAGAAGCAGACGAAAAUGAGGGCGCGGAGAAUACUCACGUGUUGGUUGAUCAAGAUUAUUAA